AUGGAGUCACAAAGAGGCCACCACAUUCUAACGCGACUAACGAAAAUACGCAAAAGACCUCAGCAACCUUUAACUGACUUCACCGAACUUUAUAGUAGAAUCGCUAAUGAAACAAUAUAUUUUUUGAACUUAGAAGAGAAAAAGCGAUAUAAAGACGCACUACAAGGCUGGAAGGCCUUGACAACUGACGUGCUUUUCAAACUGACAUUGAUAGAACAUAACUAUCCGAGUAUCCAAACGUACACGAAGGAUGAGCUCAGUCUACAAAAUGGGAUUAGAGAAUUGUAUCAUAAGAGUGUUAUGCAUCUAGAAAGAGUCCAAAAGUUGGUUCGGGAAGAACCUGUCAGGAAAGACGUACCGUCUUCCAAAACACAGAACACACAUCGUAGUUCCUCCUUCACAAGAACCACAGAACCACCCUCUGCCUUUCAUAUGGUUCCUGGAAGAAUGAUGAAGACAUUGCGAGAUAGGAGUGCAUACGGCUACAAAAAGGCAUACUCUAACCCAUCAUUACCAGCCCAUAAUAACAAUAUAUCUCCGAAACCCGUAGAAGAAACGGAGAGUGUUAGAGUAAAUUUUGUGCCUUCCAAGCCCUUAUCGAAUACCGCUACCAAACAAUAUAAAAAAGCCGUCGAGCACCACGAUCGCCCACUCAAGAAAGAAACGGGAGUAUACUCAGAGAAAUAUGCAUCAGAGCCAAUACUAAUAGAUUUAACCAAUGACGAGGAUGACGAGGAUGACUAUGAGGCUGGAAUAGAGGAGCACAGCGUAUUUGAUGAAGAAGAGAGCGAAGAGUUUGAAUUCGAUGUCUCGGAUUAUUAUGACAAUUACUCCGAGAUUGAUGAAGAAGAACAACGACAACGCAUAGAAACCCUAAGGAGUUUGGAUGGAAUCCAACAACCAAUGUCCGACUUAUCUGUCACCUCUUCCCUAUCUAGUAACAAGAGUACGGAAUCGUCAGGUCAUGUUCCCGAAUCCUCCUUACGGUCUUUACCAAAUACGGCUCCCGCACUGCCUUUGUUGCCCCCACCUCCUCCAUCAAGCACUAACAGGGCAUCUAGCACGGGUACGAUAAAGGAGUAUAAUUUAGAAUCUUAUGGCACUAUGAAUCCGUCAAAGACUAAGCAUCCCCAAAUCUCAAAAUUGAUGAAAACUAGUAAUGCAACAUCUCUGAAGAGUACUAAAUCAACCCCAACUCUUAUCGCUAAAUCAACGCCAACUUGUGUCGCAAAAUCCAAAAAUAACUCAACGUCCACCGCAAAAUCCGCCACAUCAUCUCCCACUUCUUCUUUGACAGCUUCGAAACCAACACUUCAAAAACCCAGAACGGCAGCAAUGGCUGCCAAGAAAGUAUUAGGCAACAGAAAAGUUGUGAAUAAUUUGACAAACAACACCGUGAAAAAGACUCGUCCCGUUCUGAAAUCAAAGACCACUAAGUCUUCGGUUUCCAGUUUGAAGAAAACCAGCAUUCAUCCAUCUAGACCCGCGAUUAAUCCGAAAGCGUCUUCGCAGAGCACGUCUUCAAAUAAGAAGCUAAUGAAAACUUCAAACACAUCCGUCAAUAAAGUAAAUCGACAAGUAUCAGCACCAAAAAAGACAGAAUCAUCUAAAGUAGAUCCCGCUAAAGCAGAUUCCACUAAGUCAGAAUUGACCACUGGAAACGCAACUCCCUUGACCGAGGGGAACGAAGAUUCAGAAGUAGACAAAAAGGCUCUUAGAGAAAUUCUGGAAGAUGAAAUUAUUGACAGCUUGCAAGGUGUAGAUAAACAAGCCGCGAAGCAAAUUUUUGCUGAAAUUGUGGUCCAUGGAGAUGAAGUCCAUUGGGACGAUAUUGCGGGAUUAGAAAGCGCCAAGUACUCUCUAAAAGAAGCGGUUGUCUAUCCAUUUUUGAGACCCGAUUUGUUCAGAGGGCUACGUGAACCAGUCAGGGGGAUGCUUUUAUUUGGUCCACCCGGUACAGGUAAAACGAUGCUGGCAAGAGCUGUAGCCACGGAAUCUCGCUCCACCUUUUUUUCAAUUAGCGCUUCCAGUUUGACAUCCAAGUAUUUAGGUGAAAGUGAAAAACUAGUAAGAGCAUUGUUUGCUAUUGCUAAGAAACUAUCGCCCUCUAUUGUAUUUGUGGACGAAAUCGAUUCUAUCAUGGGUAGCAGAAAUAACGAAAACGAAAAUGAGUCGAGUCGUAGGAUCAAAAACGAGUUUCUUGUUCAGUGGUCAUCAUUGUCGAGUGCAGCAGCUGGUUCAAACAAGAAUGAGGGCACUGGCUCCAAUAACAAUAACGACGAAGAUGAUACAAGGGUCCUGGUACUUGCCGCGACAAACUUGCCAUGGUCAAUUGACGAAGCAGCAAGAAGAAGAUUUGUAAGAAGACAAUAUAUUCCGUUGCCAGAGGACCAGACGAGAUACGUCCAAUUGAAGAAGCUGCUGUCAUAUCAAAAGCACACGCUUACUGACUUAGAUUUUGACGAAUUGGUAAAGAUCACUGAGGGGUUUUCAGGAAGCGAUAUAACAUCUUUAGCUAAGGAUGCAGCUAUGGGCCCACUGCGAGAUCUUGGGGAUAAAUUAUUGGAGACAGAUAGAGAUAUGAUAAGACCUAUAGGUCUGGUGGACUUCAAGAGCAGUUUGCAGUAUAUCAAGCCGUCCGUGUCCCAGGAUGGGUUGGUGAAGUAUGAAGAAUGGGCUUCACAGUUUGGGUCGUCUGGAUCGUGA